AUGGAGAAAUCGGUAGCAACAGAGAAUCGGAGCGAAAGCAAUGAACACUUGUUAGACACCGCCAUCACACUCUUGGAUGAUUUGUCAUCUUCUAUUUCCGAAUUGCAACUCGACGCCCUAGUUACACCACUGACGAAUCCUGCUUCACAUGAUUCUAUUGGGAGUUCUUCUGCGGAUGAUGACUGGGAAGCAAAAGCUGACUGUGAACCUGACAAGUUACUGUCUCCAGUGUCCUCUGAAGUUUUAUCUAGAGUGUCAGAUCUUAAAUUGGAGAACACCAAAAGUCCAACCCCAAAGCGACGUGGAAGGGGAACAUUCUCUUAUGAUAAUGAUAAGCUUUAUAGUGAUCGGUUACUUGAUGGUUCGAUUAUUGAUGAUGUUGAGGAUGAAGAAACUCGUUCUGGUUCAGAAGAUAAAAAAGGUACACCAAACUUACAAUAUGGGACCAGUCACGUUCUUGUGCUGUCUCACUUUUCACCAAGUACUAGAACAACAGACCUUGAGAAGGUUUUUGAUGACAUAAAAAACUGUCAUUUUGUGAUUCGCUGGGUCAAUGAUACAGUUGCACUUGCAGUAUUCCGAACUCCUGCAGAGGCACUUGAGGCUCAAAGCAAUGCUCGAUGUUCAUUUAAUAUGACAAUGAAGAUACUUGGUGAAGAAGAUGCACAUCUCAGUUCAAUUAAACCAAAUGACCUGAAACCACCUCAGCAAAGACAGAAAACCUCAGUAGCAGCAGCGCAGAGGAUGAUUGCUAACAGUAUGGGGAUAAAAUUGCCCUCCCCAAGCCGUGGGACAGGCUUCCAACAACAUAAAAGGGAAGAAAAUACUCGAAAGGAACGCAUUGUUAACAGGCAAAAAUUGAAAGAAGAUGCAUGGGGAGAGGAUUAA